UCGAUCGGAAUCAGAAAAUAGCCCGGGUCGCGAUGAAACAAACAUGUUUCCAAUUGAGCAUUCACGGUAAUUAACAAAUGUCUCAGUUUACCUCACAGUGCCCGCCAGAAAGUUCCCCCUUGAAAAAAAUAUAUUUGAAUAGACUCUUUGAACUUCUGGAUAGAUAGGAACCACUCAGAUUUCACAAGGGAACAGAGAGCAUGCAACAUGCACCUCAUAAUCGUGGGCAUCGGUAAACAUGUUGGGAUCGCUUUUACCCUGAUGAGUCAAUUAAAACGAUGGAUAAGAGAAUGAUACAGAGUUUGCAGACAAUGGAAGGCUUGUUUAUUGUGAAACAUUGCGUUUUCAUGUGUGCCAAUCAAUCCAAGGGGAAUUUUUCUUGGAUUUGUCUUUAAAACUUUUUUCUGUAUGAAGUGAUUUUCUCAGGGAUUUGAGUUUUAAAUUAUGAAGCCAAUAUCUCGACAGCCAGCGUUAAAUGUGAUAAAAGAAGGUGUGUCUGAAAAUGCAGACUCUCUAACCGACCCAGAGGAUCUGAAAUUAGUCCCCCCGGGGUCACCCUCCGAUCUCGUGCGACUUCGUGCCACGGCGUCGAGACUUCGGCUUCAGACAAAGAGGCAAAGCUAUAUAAACUGGAAAACUAACCAUUAUGAUAACUUCUUUAAACAAAGGAAUCGAAAGGCUGUUUUGUGUGACAGUUCUUUAACUAACUGGUCAGAAGAGAUUCGAACCAAACGACCAGUAAAGAAGACAUCCACUGCUGGACAGGUGAUUUGUGAUGGAAAAUCUCUUUCAAUAGACGAAGCAUUAAACUGGAUUCGAAAUGAAUUGCUUUUGAUGAGACAGAUGGACCAGGCCCUUGCCAGGCAGCUGCUAUCCCUGAGGCAUGAGAUCCAGGACAUCCGGCUACGUUGGAGCUGUGAAGAUCACAAAACUCUGGUAGAGGACAUUCGGAUUGAACUUGAAGAGUUACAGUAUCUAGGGGAGAUAACUGACGUUCCCGUUCACCUGCUAGAGUUCCAUAAUCCCCUCAAACACUGGGGCGUGACAAAACUCAAUAUCCACAACAAACGAUUUUCCACUUGUUGAUUAUUGUUACAUGUAUGCGUGUUGAACUUGGAAUAAACCCCGAAAUUCUUGUUAA